UGGUUGUCAUCUACAUCACUUGUUUUUCCCAUGUAUCCAUGGAAGCGUUUAUUCCAAUUUUGCAAAUUAAAAUCUUGACAAAAUAGAAUUAACCCCUUGUUUUUUUACUUAUUAAGCCAUGGAUAGUAAGCCUAAUGUAUUGCCACUUGGUAUUGUUCUUGCAGAGUGAAGAUGGAGAUAUUAUUGCUUGUGUUGAUAUCUACAAGCAACCUGCUUUUGAUCAUCCUGCUCUGAAAAACCAUACUAUUCAGAUGCAACCCAGUUUUAUUCCUUCAACAGAGACUCCAAAUGGAGAACGCGAGAAUUCUCGGCCAGUUGUGUCUCAACUUUGGAAAAAAAGAGGUAGUUGUCCAAAGGGAACUAUUCCUAUCCGCAGAAUCCGAAGGCGGGAGUUAUUGAGAACUAAUGGGAGAAAGAGCCCUGAACAUCUCAAAGGGACAAAAAAAAUAGCCACUCAGGAUCGCUUUAUGCACCUCAACAACACCAAAGGCUCAAUUCUUUAUCCUACUCCAGAAAAUCGUUCUACCGCAAUCCUUUUGACAUAUGGAUACAAUUAUGUUGGAGCCAGUGGAGAAAUAAAUGUCUGGAACCCACAUGUUGAAAGGUUACCUGAAUUCACUACUGCUCAAAUCUGGCUUAAGAGUGGUGCAGUGAACAAUUUUGAAAGCGUGGAAGCAGGAUGGACGGUACACCCUGCAGAAUAUAGUGAUGCACGGACUAGAUUUUUUGUGUACUGGACUGUUGAUGGAUACAAGAAAACAGGUUGCUUUGACCUUACUUGUUAUGGAUUCGUGCAAACUAGCACCGAAAUUGCUCUUGGUGGAGCUGUUGAGCCCGGUUCUAGUUCAUUUCAACAACAGUAUGUUCUCCCAAUCAACAUCUUCAUGGAUCCAACCACAACCAAUUGGUGGCUGGUAUUUCACAACAUUGCUGUUGGAUACUGGCCUGGAAGUCUCUUCUCUUUGCUAAAACACAGUGCCACAUCUGUUGAAUGGGGAGGACAAGUUUAUAGUGUUAAUGUCAGGAAAACUCCCCACACAAAGACAGCCAUGGGAAGUGGAUAUGACGCGGAGGAAUUGUAUGGUUUUGCAUGUUUCAUUGGACAGCCAAGGAUUCUGGAUUAUUCUAAGUCAUACAAGUACCCUACCUUUGUUGCCGUUUGGAAAGACGAAUAUAAUUGCUACUCUGCAGUUAAUUACAAAGCAGGGAAUGCAAAUGAUGAAGCUACAUUUUUCUUCGGAGGGCCAGGUCAAAGCUAUCGUUGUCCAUGAGAGUAUUGAAAACCUAAAAAAUAAAUGUCUUGAAACGUUUUUUUUAAUAUAAACCUAAAAAAUAAGUGUCUUGAAACGUUUUUCUUUGAAAUAUGGUUUGGAAAAGAUGUUUAGGAGAUU